AUGGCAGAGAAUGACACUGUGGUGACAGAAUUCAUUCUAAUGGCAUUACAGCUGUCGGCAGGGCUGCAAAUGGGUCUCUUCUUUGUGUUUCUGGUCCUAUAUUUCGUCACCGUGGGGGGCAACCUGGGCAUGAUAGUGUUGAUUCAGAGAGACCUUCGUCUCCAAACUCCCAUGUACUUCUUCCUCCGCCACCUUUCCUUCCUGGACAUUUGCUACUCUUCUGUCAUUGUCCCUCAGUUGCUUGAGACCUUGGGUACCCGUAAGAUGGCCAUCACUUAUGAACGCUGUGCCACCCAGUUCUUCUUCUUUACACUCUGUGCCAGCACCGAAUGUUUCCUUUUGGCUGUGAUGGCCUAUGACCACUAUAUGGCUGUGUGCAACCCCCUCUUCUAUGCCACUGCCAUGACACCACAGACCUGCCUAGGGCUGGUGGCUGGGGCAUAUGCUGGUGCCAUGGUCAACGCUGUGAUCCGCACUGGGUGCACCUUUUCAAUCUCCUUCUGUAAGUCCAACCACGUGGACUUCUUUUUUUGUGACCUCCCACCCCUGCUGAAGCUUGCCUGUAGUGAGACCAAGCCACGGGAACGGCUCAUCUACCUCUUAGCUUUCUUGGUCAUUACGACCAGCAUUUCAGUGAUUCUUAUAUCCUACUUUUUUAUCAUUCAUGCUAUUCUGAAGAUUCGUACAGCAGGUGGCAAAGCCAAGACUUUCUCCACCUGUGUUUCUCACAUGACUGCAGUGGCUCUUUUCUUUGGGACGCUCAUGUUCAUAUACCUGAAAGGUAACAUGGGCACAUCACUUGGGGAGGAUAAGAUUGUGUCAGUAUUUUACACGGUGGUCAUCCCUAUGCUGAACCCAAUGAUCUACAGCUUGAGAAACAAGGAAGUGAAGGAGGCUCUGAAGAAAACUCUCAACAGGAUAAAGGUUUCCCAAGUACAGUAAGACU